AUGGACCCUUAUCUGGGCAUCUUCUUCCUCACUCCCUUCUUCCAGUCCUGCUAUGCCUGGUCAGUGAAUAAUUUCCUGAUGACGGGCCCCAAGGCCUAUCUCAUCUACUCCAGCAGUGUGGCAGCUGGGGCGCAGAGCGGCAUCGAGGAGUGCAAGUUCCAGUUCGCCUGGGACCGCUGGAACUGCCCGGAGAGGGCACUGCAGCUCUCCAGCCAUGGUGGGCUGCGCAGUGCAAACCGAGAAACAGCCUUUGUCCACGCCAUCAGCUCUGCGGGUGUCAUGUACACGCUGACCCGGAACUGCAGCCUGGGGGAUUUUGACAACUGUGGCUGUGACGACUCCCGCAAUGGACAGCUGGGGGGACAAGGCUGGCUGUGGGGAGGCUGCAGCGAUAACGUGGGCUUUGGGGAAGCUAUUUCCAAGCAGUUUGUGGAUGCCCUGGAGACUGGACAAGAUGCCAGAGCUGCUAUGAACCUGCAUAACAAUGAGGCAGGUAGAAAGGCAGUGAAAGGGACCAUGAAGCGGACUUGCAAAUGCCAUGGUGUGUCAGGGAGCUGCACCACCCAGACCUGCUGGCUGCAGUUACCCGAGUUUCGGGAGGUGGGCACUUACCUCAAGGAGAGGUACCACAAAGCCCUGAAGGUGGACUUGCUGCAGGGAGCAGGGAACAGCGCUGCCAGCCGGGGUGCCAUUGCUGAGACCUUCAGUUCCAUCUCCAAGAAGGAACUGGUCCAUUUGGAAGACUCUCCUGACUACUGCCUGGAGAACAAGACACUGGGGCUGCUGGGCACAGAGGGCAGGGAGUGCCUGAAGAGGGGCAAGGCGCUCAGCAAGUGGGAGAAGCGGAGCUGCCGGCGGCUGUGUGGGGACUGCGGGCUGGCGGUGGAGGAGAGGCGAGCCGAGAUGGUGUCGAGCUGCAACUGCAAGUUCCACUGGUGCUGUGCUGUGCGCUGCGAGCAGUGCCGCAAACGGGUCACCAAGUACUUCUGUGUCCGCAAGGAGAAGCGGGAGCGGAGCGGAGGUGGCGGAGCCAGCCGCAAGCUCAAGAGAAAGCUCUAACUUGCUUCUGCUCCUCCACAGUUCUGUCUGCCCCUCUUCUCUCCUGCCCUUCCCAUCAGCUCCUGGCACCAUUUCUGUUUGGCAUAGUUUUGCCUUUUUCCCACUACUGCCUCACUGGGGCUUGGGCAAGGCAAAAGAGCCUUGUAUGAGUGCUCAGGCCUUGCCCAUACAGGGCAUUAGUGCAGUGGGUAAUGUCUUCUGGGGAGACCUUCAAGUGUUCACAAAACAAAGUGAAGUCCCUUCAACUCAGUGUCAUUCUUUCCAGUGACUAUGGCAUCAUCUCUGAAAACACAGGAGGUCUUGGUGGCUCCAGUGGUUUUGAGCUUGUCUGUUCCCCAAACAAACACCUGCUCUGGGCUUUUGAGUAAGUGAGAUAAAAAGCACAAGAAAACUGAGAUGGCACCAACAAUUGGGCAACUCAGAUCAGUAAUCUGUAAAUGAGAAGAGGCUUUUAAAAAAUAGAGGUACUAAAAGAGUUAUUGCCUCAGGCCUACACUUUGAGGAAAUGCAAAAGACGUGCAACUCCUUUCUCAGCAAGCCAGCCUCCAGGGACCCCACAGCUUUGCUUCCCACCCUUUGACAGCUUUGCUAAGCUCUCCAGUGCUUUACUUUGCAUUUGAAAUGGCAGCAGCAAGAUCGAAACUGCUGCUUGAUCUGCCCAUUACACAGCUGUCCAAAAUCGGGGUCCCAUCACUUGAUUUUUACAUGCUUUCUCUGUGUCUUCCAAGUCUCCAGGUCUGGUCUCCCUUUUUAGGCCAGCAUUCCUAUCAAAGCCCCUGACUGAUGCCAUGAAUUGCCCUCACACUUCUCCACUACCUCCUUCCUCCCAGAUCACUCCCAGAGUGGAGCUGCCAAGCUGAGCCUACUCCCCAUGUCCUGGUGUACUUGCCAAGCACUCUUACCCUGUCAGCUAACUAACUAAAUACGUCUUCCUAGUCUGAGAAAAUAAUGUCAGUUACUAUUUAAUGGUGGUGUAAAUAGGAAAGUGAAGCACUUUGAAGUUUAAUUUAUUGCACAGUUACUGUGAUGUAUACAUAACAGUUUUUCCUCUACCACUUAUUGUAUAUAUUCUAUAGGCUAAGCAAGCAGCAGGAAGAUUUGUUUGAUGCAUCUCUGUUCCCUUGCUGAGGCUAGGGAAGGGAGGUAAGAAGCUGCCAGCUGCAGGACUUGGGGAAGCUCACUACACCAUCACAGCAAUCUUCCCCUGUGCUGCGAUAAUAUCAUCUACUUUGCUGUUUGAAGUGCCCUUUAGCCAGACAAGAAGCCAGCAGAGCUGUUACUGGCCAUUAGACCCAUCUUGUAGCCAAUAUUUUAAACCAAUAGCCAAUGCAAUAAAUCAGUAGCCAAGUGCUUGCAAAAUGCUGUUGUGUCUUAAGUGUCUGAGUGCUCUUUUGCCUCGUUUUGUGUGUGUAUGUAUAAAUUUAAGAGUCCUGGAGAUCAAAACACACUGCUUACCCAUCUGUGCCCAAGAAGACCUAACCAGUUCCAGCCAGCACAAGCUCAGCCCCUACCACGAGGGGAAAUGAUGUGCUCUCUCCUGAGCUUGCUUGAGGAUGCAUCCAACUGCAAUGCAACUGCCAGGAAGAAAUGGGGUGGGAGGGGGCAGGCAGGGCCCAGUUGUCCACUACAUAGCAGAUAUAUUAAAGACACUCAGAAGCCUGUAUUUGUCUCUUCAUUAUCAAUUAGCCCUUUAUUCUAGGACUACCUCACAGGGAGCAUGAAUUUGGACCUAGGGUCUCAUCAGAGCAAGAGCAUUCCUGUCAAGCAAGAAUCUGGCCUUUCAAAAAUUGCAAGAAACCUUGGCCCAUUCUCAGGGAAAACCGAAACACUUCCACUUCACACACAAACCACCACUGUUUGCACAGAAUUUCUUACUAGCACAGUGACCCUGUCAAAGGUCUCUUGCAUCCCCAGCAGCAGUUCCUCUAUGUCCCUGUGGUUGGCCAGGAAAGAGGAAGCAAAAGCCUCUCGACCACCAGGGAAAGCUCCAGCACGGGCCUCCCUUUUCCUUCUGGCUCUCCCGUUCCACAGUCAGCUGGACAAGCUGUAGAAGCCGUUUCCCUCUUCCUCCCACUCGUGCUCCAUCCCUCCCCUGCUGACACUGCUUGCCCGCGAAGGCCGUGGCACAGCCCGGGCUGGCGCGGUGGCGGCGGCAGGCGCAGGGGACACGCGGGACGCCUCAGUGAGAGCCCCACCGCCACACGCUGCUUCCGCUGGGGAAACGGCGACACCGCAGCUGCAGAAUGUGCUGACCUCAGCAGCGGGUCCCCCCUCCCGGCGCACGGAGCCCUCAGCGGUAAAGGCCCUGCUGCCAUUGUGGGCAGGAUUGGAUGCUUCCAUGUAUUCAUUUCGGUUUAAUGAAGGCGCAUUCCUCAGAGGAGAAAUAUUUACAUUCAGCUUCCCAGGUGGUCACCUUCGCCCAGAUGACACACAAACAGGCAGCCCCCCGCUCCCUUUUCCAAUCCAAGCCUCUUUAGAGGGCUCGGGAGGAGGGGAGACAGCGGAGGGGGGCUGCUGGGGGAGCAGAAUAGAGAAGGGAACAAAAUGCUAAUAAAUCAGCCAGCCAGCCCUUUUCCCCUCCCCUCAGUGGAGUCAAUGGAAAGUGUCAUUUCACAUGCUAAUCCCCCUCCGAUCUCUUUACAACACCUUUUCCGAAAAGUGUUUGGGAAAAGUCCUUGUGGCCCGUUUACAGCUCCCCGCCGCUUCAGAUUCCUUCUUGUCUAAGGCCGCGGCCCCGGUGUGGGUCUCUCCCUCCAGCAGGGCUCCUUACAAAAAACAUCUCAACAAAGACUUUGGAGUUCAUCAGCCUCCCACUGAAAUUCACAGCUGCUGAACAAACUAAUCCCCUCUCUUGGCCUUUCUUCCUUUCAAUGGGUUCUUGGCUUCAAAGACACUUUGGGAAAGGACUUUGUGGGGACUCACACUGCUCCCUCAAUAGAAGUUAGUGCAAGCAUUAUCUUCAGAGCAAGUGGCUUUACAAACAAAUACUGCCUAACAAUCUCUGCCCCUCCAGCUCCCCCAAACACACACAAGCCUAGCCUGCAGACAUGAUGUUAUCUGCCACAGGAUUAGAGCUCUGUUUUCUGUG